AUGGAGCCUUCACGUCAACAGGGAGGGUCUACGGAGGAAGAGACAUCGCUAAGAUUUAGGCGUGAUGCAAUUCAAUUUUUGUUAUAUUUACUCUUAAUAUUCAUCUUAGUUGCAUUGUGGUCUGUAGUCCAAACUAGCCGAACAUUGAAUACAAUAGAAAAAGAAAACACUUUAUUUAUCGAGGAAAUUAGACUGCACUUGACUAAAGAUAUAGUUAAGCGUCACGAAAGCUUUAUUGAUUUACUGCCUUUGAACGUUCCUUUAAACAGUAAUACUUCUGAUAGUAAUCAUUAUACAACAGGAUGGGUAUAUCCGGAACCACAAAAUUCUGAUAUACCCACUUUGACCACAAGUACUACAACUACCACAUUAUCACCGCUCGGUAAACGUGUAGCAUAUUUAUGGUGGACUCUUGCUGCAGUUAAGUUGGUUAUAACAGGAAUUAGCCUUUGGGGUACAGCACAAUCAUGUAUAAAUUGGUCGCAAGGUAGUGCUGGAACUGCUGAUAAAGCUGGAUGUGUAACCGGGUGUGUUGCUACGGCAGUUGGUACGAUGGCAACAGUCAAUAAGGCAGCUUUCAAUUACGAAUAUAUUAAUAGUGCUGAUCGUGCAUGGUUAUCAUCAAUCAAUGAUGCCUGGCGGAAACGAGAUACUGAGCUUGCAGCAGAAUAUCUUUUAAAUGUACAAAAUAUUACGGCGGCUAUGGCACAGCUUUCAGGCUUACCUACAUUAACUGUUCUACAAUCUAACUUAUCUGUAG